CUUCCGUGAAUUUGAGACGAGCUUUCUGUGAUAUUUUGGUUUGUUUAAGCCCUCAAAAGCCGCUUAAUGGAGUCGAUUACCACGACUUGUCUUAUCGAUCUUGCCUUUGACUUAUCAGACGAUUGGAAAAAGCUUUCACAUGUUCUUGGUCUUUCUGGAGAAGUAUCAAGAAUAUGUGAUGACUACAGACGGAAUGUCUUCGAACAAGCUUACCGAAUGCUGCAAACUUGGAAAGGGAAAAAGGGAUCUCAGGCUACUUAUCAAGUCUUGCGUGAGGCCCUUGCACACGAAGCCGUAUUGCGUAAUGAUUUGGUUCAAGAAUACUGUGAGGGAAGAGACAGGAGCUCUUUGGACGAAGAGAUCGACCUUGAAGGACUCAAGCCCGGGGUAGUUUCCAGCAGUGACUUACUCUCCAUCGCCAAAGACUUAGGAUUAAAGUGGGUCUGGAUUGGUCGACUUCUCGGGUUAGAAGACUCCUUGUUAGAUGGCAUCAGGGAAGAUCACAUACAGGUCUCUGAUUGUCAAUACAAAAUGCUCGAGUUAUGGAGGAGGGUAAAGACUACUGGGGCAACCUACCAGUGCCUUGCAAGGGCGUUGCUGCACAGAACAGUUUGCAUGCGAGAUGUUGCUGAGAAAUUCUGCGUGGAGAAUUAAGAAAAACAGAUGGGUUCAACGCAAAGAAACUGAUGGAUGAAUGGAUCAAGUCACAAGAUUGCCAAUAGGCAGCCUGCAAUAUUUCGAUCUACCGCUUUCUUUUGUGGCAUGGGGAUACAGAAAAUCCUAGAAAGAAAAGAACAAUUCUCAAAAAUAUGUCCCAGGGAUAGCGAGCAAGCCAGAAAUAUAUUUAAUCAUUGAUUUUCUUGACGAAGAAAAAAGUGUUUGAGCAGUAGAUUUCACUAAAAAGAGUUUAGAAAACGAAGCGUUGUUAAUAGAUAAUCGAUAUAUCCACCUGUGUUCCUUUUUUUCGAAAGACUAAUGUAUGUCACAAUCAUGAAUACUAAUUUAUAAUUGUAUUCGAGUAAAGGAAUUUUUGUUACUCUGUACGCCGUGAAUUUGAAGAAUAGAAGCUUGUACGUUGCUUGAGUUUGGUCAGCUUGUUAUUACGGUGUUCUAAUAACUGAUCAAGCAGCCUACGCGAAUGUACUUAUAAAAUGCUCGGGUUGUCGUGCAAAAAAGAGGAAUGCCAACGCAACAUAC